AUGUUAGUCCAUCAACCUGAUAUACGCGUUGUCAAAGANAACUCGAUUGAUAGAAAAGAAAUGGUACGAGUUAUUUCGGCUAUGUAUGAUCUCUUAGGCAAAUCCAAAGUUGAUUAUCCACCUGAGCGUUGCGUUGAAGACGUGUUUUCAUUAAUUGAUGUUAACAAUGAUCGAUCAUUAACCAAAGAUGAAUUUAUCGAUGGUGUUAUGAACAAUCCUUAUCUUUCCGACAUUAUCUCACCAUUCAAUGAAUAA